AUGGGAGAAGAAUUGGGCAUUAUGGUGGUUGUGACUGUGAGAGAAUUCGACCCAAAUAAAGACAGAGAAAGAGUGGAAGCUGUUGAAAGAAUAUGUGAGGUUGGACCCAGUGGAAAGCUUUCCCUCUUCACCGACCUCCACGGUGACCCAAUUUGCAGGGUCCGCAACUCACCUACUUUCCUCAUGCUGGUGGCGGAGAUAGGUGAAGACACAGUGGGAAUGAUAAGGGGUUGCAUAAAAACCGUUACGUGCGGAAAGAAGCUCCACAGGCAUGGAAAAACCAACACCCAACCCACUUCCAAACAACUCCCCAUAUACACCAAACUCGCCUACAUAUUAGGCCUCCGCGUUUCUCCCCAUCACAGGAGAAUGGGAAUAGGGUUGAAACUGGUCCAGAGGAUGGAGAAAUGGUUCAGGGACAAUGGAGCCGAGUAUGCUUACAUGGCAACGGAAAAGGACAACGUAGCAUCCGUUAAGCUAUUCACCGACAAAUGCGGCUACUCUAAGUUCCGUACCCCCUCUAUCCUCGUCAACCCCGUUUUCGCUCACCGAGUAAAGACCUCUUCCAAAGUCACCAUCAUCCGACUCACCCCAAACGACGCCGAAUUGCUCUACCGUAACCGAUUCGCCACAACUGAGUUCUUCCCGCGCGACGUCGACUCAGUCCUCAACAACAAACUCAGCCUCGGCACCUUCCUAGCCGUUCCGCGCGGCUCCUACUCAACCGACACGUGGCCCGGUUCAGACCGCUUUCUGUCGGACCCACCUCACUCCUGGGCCGUACUCAGUGUGUGGAACUGCAAGGAUGUGUUCACGCUCCAGGUGAGGGGCGCGUCGCGCGUGAAGCGGACCCUUGCCAAAACCACCCGCAUGUUGGACCGAGCCAUGCCCUGGCUCGGCUUGCCUUCUAUCCCCAAUUUCUUUCAGCCGUUUGGGUUUCACUUCCUGUAUGGGCUGGGAGGUGAGGGCCCCGAGGGGGUGAAGAUGGUGAGAGUUUUAUGUGGAUUCGCACAUAACCUCGCCAAAGAUGGUGGUUGCAAAGUGGUGGCUACAGAAGUUUCCAGCCACGAGCCGCUUCGGUUCGGGAUUCCACACUGGAAGAUGCUUUCUUGUGAAGAGGAUUUGUGGUGCAUUAAGAGACUUGGAGAAGAUUACAGCGAUGGUUCCGUUGGUGAUUGGACAAAAUCUCCUCCUGGAUUCUCUGUUUUUGUUGAUCCUAGAGAGUUCUAA